UUCCUCUUCAAUCCGGUUUAAAGUACCGGCAAGUGCUCUGAACAUCUACGAGAUGCAGACAUGACCGCUGCAAGGGGAAAGCAGACUGGUUCUCCGCUUCCAAAGGACAUGCGACGCGACAGAGACGACCCUCACGGCCAAUCCUAUGGUCGCCUCGACUUCUGAAGAUAGACGGAGCUUUUUGCCCUGUCUGUUGCGCCAGCUUCUUUCCUACGCGGCCUCACGUGGAUUCGCGAAAAGCCAAACGCCCGCCAGUGCUGCUGUGCUGGGCUGACAAUGACGUCCUGAGGCGAAACGAAUCCUCCAAACCCCGCGACGCCGCACGCGCUCACCCCUAUCCCUCUUCACUCUCUUUCUCUCGCCUUUCCCGAUUCUCAAUUUCGCGAGUCGAAUUUCCUACUGAUACGUUUUCUCUCAUUUGCUCUGGUUUCGCGCUCUGAUUGCAGUCAUGCCACCGAAGACAGCUACAGCUUCUAUUUCCAUCCAGCCCAACGCGCUCGCCGGCAAGAAAUGCAUCAUCACGGGCGAAAUUCCCGGACAGAGCCGCAAGUCCGCCGAACAGAUUCUCAUCAAUGCUGGCGCGACGAUUGAGAAGAGCUUGAAUAAGAAGGUGCAGCUUGUGGUCCUAGGCGAGGACGCGGGGCCGAAGAAACUCGAAAAGAUUGAAGAGCUUGGAGUUGAGACCAAAGAGUGGGAUGAGCUGAUGGAUGAGAUCAAGGGCGACGGAGGUGCUGAUGCUGAUACCGAAGAGGAUACGAAAGAAGACGAAGAAACAGAGGAGGAAGAGGUCGAAGAGAAGCCCAAACCGAAGAAGAAGAAGAGCAAGCUCACCGCCAAGGCAAACUCCAAAGCGAAGGCCGCCCCAGCACCCAAGCCAAGCAAGAAUGCGUCUGGUUCUACUUUCCUCAAGGGCAAGAAGGUCAUCAUUUCAGGCACAAUUCCUGGCCAUGACCGCAAAUCCGCUCAAGCCAUCGUGGAGAAAGCCGGAGCCAAUACUGCCAAAUCGCUCAACAAACAAGUCGAGCUCGUCAUUCUCGGCGCCAACCCUGGCCCCGAUAAGAUGACGAAGAUCGAGGAUCUUGGUAUCGAAACCAUUACUUGGAAGGAGCUGGCUGAGAAGCUCGGCAUCGAUGUUGCUCCCGAGAAGGAAACUGCGAAGGUCGAUGUUGACGGUCAUACACGCCAGUCCGCACAGAAGCUGCUCGAGUCCACCGGAGCUAAGUUCGCAAAGUCUCUCAACAAAUCCGUUGAGCUCGUGGUGUUGGGGACGAAACCUGGUCCAGAUAAGCUGAACAAGAUUUCCGAAAUGGGUCUUCCUACCUGCUCGUGGGAGGACCUCAUUGAGAAACUGGGCCUCGAUGCUGAGGCCAAGGAGCCUCCGAAGAAGAAGGCGAAGAAGGCGAAGAAGGCUUGAGGUAGGUGUCAAUGCUACGUCCACCGAGAAUCUGCAUUUUUGAGUGCUGCAGUUUUCGCUACCGCUUUAUGGCAUAUCUGAAAAAGCUUUUGGUUGGGUCUGCACAUGAGUGCUUCUCU